AUGAAGUUUUCCACUGUCGCAGCUCUUUUCUUGAGCAGUGUCGUGACUGCACUUCCCCAGCCGCUAGCUAGCAAGGAGGUCAUCUCGGAUGUCCAGGCACGAGUCGCCUCGAACAACCCCAUCGGCGACGUUGGCGGCGCUAUCCUUGUCGACCGAGACCUUGAGCAUGACGAUGACGGCCAAGACAUCAUCGCAUUAGACACGAGGGAACCAAAGCAGGGUGGAAACGGAGGCGGGGGCGGUGACGGCUCAAGCUUGCUUGAGCAGCUCCAAAGCACUUUUGACCGGAACAAUCCCAAUGGUACUCCCGCAGCACCCGGUGACCCGGCUGAUCUGAACGGCGACGGUGUUAUCAACGUAUUCGAGGCUGGUGCUCAAGCAUCCUAG